UGCUACAGCACCAUUAUAGCACACUAGCACACAAAAAAGAAGACAACAGAAAAAGAAAGAAAGAUGUCUGGCUCUUGUGACGCAACGCUGGAUGGAACUUUCAAUAAAACUGUUGAAAAUAUAAAAUCACUUUAUGCAAAAAGUGAAGACCAUACCACAGAGAAAAAACGGAAGAUCAUUGGGGAGUUGCUAAACAUCAAAGGGAAAUACUCAUUUGAGCUUUCAACUGAAGUGAAGAUCUUCAACGACCCCAUUCAUGGACACAUGGAGCUGCACCCCCUGCUGGUGAAGAUCAUUGACACUCCUCAGUUUCAGAGACUGAGACACAUCAAACAGCUGGGAACUAAAUACCUGGUGUAUCCUGGAGCCACUCAUACUCGCUUCGAACACUCUCUUGGUGUGGCACAUUUAGCAGGAUGUCUGAUCAAGAGUCUGCAAGAGAAACAGCCGGAGCUCAACAUUACCGAACAAGAUUCCCUGUGUGUUCGGAUCGCUGCUCUGUGUCAUGACAUGGGUCAUGGUCCGUUCUCUCAUUUGUUUGAUGGCAUGUUCAUCCCUGAAGUCCAGCCUGAUGACAUAUGGGAGCAUGAGAAGGCAUCUGUUGACAUGUUUCACUGCAUGAGAAAGAAGAAUGGACUGGACAAAGAGAUGAAGGACUAUGGAUUGAAUCUAGAUGAAGACAUCACAUUUAUUGAGGAAUUGAUUUUGAAAGGACAAAAGGAUGAACCGUGGUCAAUGAAGGGCAGGACCGAAGACAAAUCCUUCCUGUAUGAGAUUGUGGCAAAUAAAGUGAACGGCAUUGAUGUGGACAAAUGGGACUAUUUGGCUCGAGACUGCCAUUAUCUUGGCAUUCCAUGUGGUUUUGACCAUCAGCGUCUGCUGAAAUCUGCUCGAGUGUGUGAGGUGGAUAAAAGAAAACAAAUCUGCUUCAGAGACAAGGUGGCUGAUAAUGUUUAUGGCAUGUUUCACACCAGAUACACCCUUCAUCGUCAGGCUCUUCAGCACAAGAUCGGCUACAUCAUUGAUGUCAAGAUCAAGGAAGCCCUUGUGCUAGCUGAUGGCAAGCUGAUGAUCUCAAAAGCCAAAGAUAACAUGCUGCAAUACACCGAACUCACAG